UGCUUCUCUGCUCGGCCGCAGCUGACCUUGAGGGGGCGGGAUUGCACAGUAGCGUCUUGAUUGAACAGUCGGUGAGGGAGCGGUGAGCAAAUACUUCCUGCUCCGGGGGAAGCUCGAGACCUUGUUUAUUCUGUCCUGUUGAUAAAGUUUGCAGACUCGGGCGCUGGAGAGGUCCUUUGGUGUGUUUCUUGAGCUCCUCACACACUACCACCUCACUGCCCAGAGUUCUAGAUUUGUAAUUAGGGGAUUGUGCGAGAACGGACUAGGAUUGGGAUUUUCUUCGCACCUGUGCAAGGAAAACGCCAUCUCUCCACGUUAACAGGGAUAGGCCCAAUCCAAGCCAUGACGGACGGGAGGAUCUAUGUAGGGAACCUUCCCAUGGAUGUGCAGGAGCGGGACAUUGAGGAUCUCUUCUACAAAUAUGGAAAAAUUCGGGAUAUUGAGCUGAAGAACAACAGAGGCACCAUCCCGUUUGCCUUUGUGCGCUUUGAGGACCCACGGGAUGCCGAGGAUGCUGUCUAUGGAAGGAAUGGAUAUGGAUUUGGAGACUCUAAGCUGCGUGUGGAAUACCCUCGCUCAUCUGGAUCCAAGUUUAGUGGCCCCCAGGGAGGGGGACCCCGGGGAAGGUUCGGACCCCCCUCUCGGCGGUCUGAGUUCCGGGUGAUAGUGACUGGCCUCCCCCCGACAGGCAGCUGGCAGGACCUGAAGGACCACAUGCGUGAGGCAGGGGAUGUGUGUUUUGCGGAUGUUCAGCGUGACGGUGAAGGUGUCGUAGAGUUCCUGCGAAGGGAAGACAUGGAGUAUGCCCUGAGGCGCCUCGAUGGAACGGAGUUCCGCUCUCACCAGGGGGAGACUGCCUAUAUCCGAGUUAUGGAGGAGAGGGGUUCCAGCUUCGGGCGCUCUCGCUCUCGGUCCAGAUCCCGCGGGCGCUACUCGCCCCCAUACCAUAGCAGAGCUUCCCCCCCUCCCCGCUACCACUCACCCCCUCCUCGCCACUCCCUGUCCCGCCAUAGCCCCCCCAGCCGUAGGCUCCCCUCACAGCACCACAGUCCCCCUCCACGUCACUAUCGGUAAACAUCCCUCUCCAGUGCAGGAGAGUUUUGGCCCAUGUCUGUUUUUCUUUCUUUUUAAAUCCCAUUCUCCCGCCCUUUUUAUUUUGAAAUUUACAUUCCAUUAAGAUUGCCCCACCCCAAUUAAGGCCUUAAUUGUAUGAAAUUUUCUUACAAAUCUCUGAUUACAUAAGAUGUGUUUCCUGGAUUUUACCUUGUCAUGCCGUCAGUCAGUGUGUUUGUAUGUAUAGUGUGAGUAUGACCUCCAUCUGCUGAACCAUGGGAGCUUUGCCAAUACAGCUUACCACUGGAGUCCACACACUUUGGGUGUGGGUGUAAUGUACGUGUAGGAGCACCUGCGUGGCAGUCUGAAAGCCAUCCCUACAAUAGUCCUUUCUGAAGUCACCCUUGUUUGAAUUUUAUUUUUAUUUUUUUUCACUUAGCCCAAACAGCUCAGCUGCUUAAGCACUGAUAAGACAAUGUUCUGAUGGAAAUCUGGUACACCUUUGUUUUUUCAAUAUAUUUUUUGUUUUGUUUUAAAUUAAAAAGAUAAUCAUUUUAACUCGCUCAUUCUUAUGCCCUCGGUUUUGUUUUGUACCCUUUGAUGGCUGUAUGCAAGGAACAUUUAUUGUUUGUUUUUCAAUUAAAAUAUUGAAUCACAUUCAAA